GCCCGCCAUCACCCGCCGUCUGGAAGCCAAGGAAGCAUCGGAAAGGGCUGGUGUUUCUGGCCUGACACUUGCCCUUAGGAACCUCUGGGCCUCAGCUUCCACCCCCCUCCCGCCACGCGCUCAGUAGGGCCGGAAUUCAAGGAGCGCGGAGGCGCUGGCACACAGUGGGUCCCCACACAAAGGCAGUUCUUUGCCAGCUUCCCAGGUCUCGGUGAGGACAGGGACCCGCUGCCUUUGAGCUCUGCUGCCCCCCCCCCCCCCACACACACACACACACACCCCAGGAGUGGAGGUAACCCGGGCAGCAGAAGGCCCCUUCCUUUGCUCAUCUGGGAAGCCGUUCCUGGUCUCCCCCAAGUCCUCUCUUUCCCUCCCAGGCCAGUACUGAGCUGGGGCCGGGGCAGUUUCCUUUAAGGGAGGUGGGGGAAGGGGCUGCCCGCCGGCCCUCCUUCCCCGCUCCCUGGCCCCAGCCCCGCGGCCCACAGCCCGGGCCCCGCGCCAGCGCAUGCGCCCGCCUGUGAGCGCUGUCCGCUCACCGACAGUCGGACGGACCGACGGACUGGCAGCCGAUCGGAUAGACGGGACAGCGCAAGGAGAGGGGACGCGGCUGGACAGCGAAAUGGCCGGCCACACGCAGCAGCCAAGCGGGCGUGGGAAGCCCGGCCCUGCGCCCUCGCCUUCCCCCGGCCCAGGCCCGGGUCCCGGCGCCUCGGAGCCAGUGACGCUCAAGAAGGAGAUCGGGCUGGUGAGCGCCUGCACCAUCAUCAUCGGGAACAUCAUAGGCUCCGGCAUCUUCAUCUCCCCCAAGGGAGUCCUGGAGCACUCUGGCUCUGUGGGUCUGGCCCUCUUCAUCUGGGUCCUGGGCGGGGGCGUCACCGCCCUGGGCUCCCUCUGCUAUGCGGAGCUGGGAGUCGCCAUCCCUAAGUCUGGCGGGGACUAUGCCUAUGUCACGGAGAUCUUCGGGGGCCUGGCUGGCUUCCUGCUGCUCUGGAGCGCAGUCCUUAUCAUGUACCCCACCAGCCUGGCUGUCAUCUCCAUGACCUUCUCCAACUACAUAUUGCAGCCCGUGUUCCCCAACUGCAUCCCCCCCGCCGCAGCCUCCCGUGUGCUCUCCAUGGCCUGCCUGAUGCUCCUGACGUGGGUGAACAGCUCCAGCGUGCGCUGGGCCACGCGCAUCCAGGACAUCUUCACCGGCGGGAAGCUGCUGGCCCUGUCGCUCAUCAUUGGCAUGGGCUUUGUCCAGAUCUUCCAAGGACACUUCGAGGAGCUGAGGCCCAGCAAUGCCUUCGACUUCUGGAUGACGCCCUCCGUGGGUCACCUGGCCCUGGCCUUCCUGCAGGGCUCCUUUGCCUUCAGCGGCUGGAACUUCCUCAAUUAUGUCACCGAGGAGCUAGUUGACCCUCGAAAGAACCUACCUCGAGCCAUCUUCAUCUCCAUCCCGCUGGUCACCUUUGUGUACACCUUCACCAACAUCGCCUACUUCACCGCCAUGUCCCCCCAGGAGCUGCUGGCCUCUAACGCAGUGGCCGUGGUGAGUGGGGCCCCACUCGGUCCCCAGCCCUGCCCUGCCCCCACCCAGCCUCAUGCACUGCCUCUCUCCUGUGCUCACUCAGACCUUCGGGGAGAAGCUGCUGGGCUAUUUUUCUUGGGUCAUGCCCGUCUCCGUGGCACUUUCCACUUUCGGAGGGAUCAAUGGCUACCUGUUCACCUCCUCCAGGCUGUGCUUCUCUGGAGCCCGAGAAGGGCACCUGCCCAGCCUACUGGCCAUGAUCCACGUCAGACGCUGCACCCCUAUACCUGCCCUCCUCGUCUGCUACGGGGCCACGGCGGUUAUCUUGCUUGUGGGAGACACGUACACGCUCAUCAACUACGUGUCCUUCAUCAACUACCUCUGCUACGGCGUCACCAUCCUGGGCCUGCUCGUGCUGCGCUGGAGACGGCCGGCGCUCCACAGGCCCAUCAAGGUGAACCUCCUUGUCCCUGCUGCGUACCUGGUCUUCUGGGCAUUCCUGCUGAUCUUCAGCUUCAUCUCAGAGCCCAUGGUGUGUGGGAUCGGCGUCAUCAUCAUCCUCACCGGGGUGCCCAUUUUCUUCCUGGGAGUGUUCUGGAGAAGCAAACCAAAGUGUGUGCACAGACUCACGGAGUCAAUGACACGCUGGGGGCAGGAGCUGUGUUUCGUGGUCUACCCCCAGGGCGCCCCCGAGGAGGAGGAGAACGGCCCCUGCCAGCCCUCCCCACUGCCCUCCGUGGACAAGCCCUUGAAGACACAAUGAGACACUUAUGGAGCCUGAAGCAGCUAUUUCUGUUUACAUGUUGUUUAUUGAGGAGGUGUUUCGGAAAAAAGUUGUUUUUCCUGGAAAAAAAGAGUUCCCACUCUUAGCGGCCUGUAAUAAGGAAGCCCUAAGAUGUGGACUAGGUCCCCAGCCAGCACGGCCCUGCAGGCUUUUCCUGA